AGCGUGGGCUCAAGUCUGAUCGCCGAUAUUUGGAUGGGCUGUGGCAAUGCCUACGGCAGGUGGAUGCGGGCGGUACCCAGGUGCAGGCGAUGCCAGUAGACCGAAGAGGCCAGGUGGGCCUCAGCGACAGAGAAUGGGGAGGAUUGAUACGCGCGAGCGCUGCAAAGCGCCAAUGGCGAAUGGCAAUGGGAUACCUGCAAGCCAUGGGCCACAAGGGGCAGCAGCCCAACCAGAUCGCCCUGAACAUGGUUGCGGCUGCAUGCGGUCGCUGCCUGAAGUGGGCAGUUUCCUUGAGGGCAACGCUGUCCGAUUCUGCAGACGUGGUGAUGUUGAACACGGCUGCAAGGUGUUGCUGCGCUGCCAGUGCUUGGGCGAAAGGAUUGAGCAGCAUCUCUUCAGCACCAUGGCGCCGCGUGCAGCCUGAUAUUGUCUCAUACAACACCUUGCUUGGCAGCGGUGCCACCUUCGGGGGAAGCUGGCUGCGAACCUUGUCACUGCUCGCAGCCUGCAGAGGAUCGGAUGCCACCACCUACACCUCGAGCAUGAGCACGGUCGGUGCUUCGACAUGUUGGCAAGCAGGAGCAGGUUUGCUCUGCGAUUUCCUGUGUAAGGGCUUGCAGAGUGACCAGGUGAUGAUGAGCGCCAUGAUCUCCACGUGCUCGGUCAGCACCAAGUGGCCCUUUGCGAUGCACGUGCUGGACCUUUGCGUGACUCGCGCGCUACGAAGUGACACAAUCGAGUUUGGAGCUUGCCUCAACGGCUGCUCACUGGGCCAAAAGUGGAGCCAGGCAAUCCAACUGCUCGGGCUGUUGGGGCAAAAGGAUUUGGAAAGCAGCCAGGUGGCAGACAACUCAGUGCUCAGCGCGUGUCAAAGCCUUGGCCGUUGGCAGAUGUCGAUCACGAUGUUAUGCGCCGUCCAGCCAGACCUCAUCACUAUGAAUACAGUCCUGGCUGCCUGCGACAAGGCUCACCAGUGGAAGCGUGCGUCUGAACUUCUGCAGCAAGCGGCUGCCGUGGAACUACAAGCAGACUCUAUUUUAAGAAGUGUGGCAAUCGGUUCUUGUCAGCGAACGAGGCAAUGGCGGCCAGCUCUUGGAAUGUUUUCCACUGGAGGCCUCCGGCCUUGCAUUGCCAUGUGCAAUGAAGUCAUAGCAGCUUGCAGUGGCCCAACACGCUGGCCGUUGGCAUUGCACCUCCUGCAUGAACUUCCAGGAUCAGAGUUGAGCCCAAACGAAGUGACUUGUGGGGCUUGUCUGGAUAGUCUCACUGAAGCAGGAAUUCAAUGGAGAUUCACGGUGGCUUUGCUAAACACUUUUCUUUCAAGCACGCGCUAUGCAGCAGCACGCCGUGCUCUGCCACAGUGCUCGGAGGCCUGGUGCACCACGGCCCGGGCGGUUGGCACGGAAGCCGCGUGGGCCGUGGCGUUGGGCAUCCAGUCGGACAUGCGACGCCUGGGAGGUGAACCGGACGCCACUAUGCUGGCUGAAGUGGCUGUCGCAUGUGAGCGCGGUGCCUCUGAAGGACCCAUGCACCUGCUAUUGGAUAGCGUGGCCCUGCAAGCUUCGUUAGCAUUGCGCGCUCGUGACUGAGUGUCAAGUGGGACGUGCGCUUCAACUGGGGCAUCCACAUCGUGAGGUAGAGCCACUCAACCUCGAGUGAACCCUGAAGGCAGCGAUCUGGCAACUCGAAGGA